AAAAGCGUCGCCACAGUUUGGGCCCUCAGACUGACCUGCCGUCACUUCGACCCGGACGGACGGGGGGGGGGGGCGGCGACUGGCGCCCCUGAGCCCCCCGGCGCCCUCCCAACUACCGGAUCAGCCGCGGCCUCCGCACUCGCCGCCGUCGCCACCACGCGUUUACGUCCUGACGUCUCACGCCGCAAGGAAGAGCGCGCUCCUUGGGGUUGGUGGGCGGGGCCUACGCGGUGACCUCGACUUCGGCUCCCGCCGCCUUGGCCGGCUCGCGCGUGCGCAGUUGUGGCGCGAGUCCCCCAGACCGCUCUGGAGGACGCCGCAAGAUGGCGGCGCCCACCCUGCCCUUCCGAGGGGCGCUGAGGGGCGCGUUGGCGGCUGCGCGUUCUGCGGUGGGGCGAAGCUACGGGGCGGAGGCGGCCAGCACUGGCGAGGCGGUGACCCACACCGGGCAGGUUUAUGAGGAAAGUGACUACAAGCGGAUUCGAUUUGUGGGACGACAGAAAGAGGUAAAUGAGAACUUUGCAAUUCAUUUAAUUGCUGAGCAACCUGUGACUGAAGUUGAAACCAGAGUUGUCUCCUGUGAUGGUGGUGGUGGAGCUCUGGGACAUCCUAAAGUGUAUAUAAACUUGGACAAAGACACAAAAACGGGAACAUGUGGCUAUUGUGGACUUCAGUUUAAGCAGAAACACCAUCAUUGAAAUUGUCUGCAUUUAUAUGUUAUGCUAUCAAAUAUAUAUAUUUAAAAAGCU